AUGGAGCUGAGGAAGAGCCAGGAACCGUUGCCAGGGCUAGCAGUGCCUCUGAUUCUGCUCCUUCUUGUGUCAGGAUCGAGAACAGAAACAGCCCGCUACUCUGUGCCCGAAGAGACGGAGAGAGGCUUCUUUGUGGCGAAUAUCGCUAAGGAUUUGGGACUGACCCGUGAGGAGUUAUCGGCUCGGCAGGCUCGGCUCAUUUCUGAAGGACAAAAGCAGUAUUUACAACUGAACCAACACACCGGGGAUUUGGUGGUGCGAGAGCGAAUGGACAGGGAGGAGCUGUGCGGCCAGAGCGAGCCCUGCCUUGUGCGUUUCGAGGUGCUGCUGGAGAGCCCGCUGCAGUCCUUCCGAGCCGAGGUAAGCCUCACCGAUAUAAAUGAUCAUGCUCCCGUGUUCUUAAAUACAGAGAUAGUUUUAAAGAUCCCGGAAACUGCAAUGCCAGAAGCUCGAUUUUUAUUGGAAAGCGCUCAGGAUGCGGAUGUGGGGAACAAUAGUCUUCAGUAUUACAACAUCAGCUCGAACGACUAUUUCCAUAUCCACACCCGGAGGCGGAGUGAUGGCAGGAGGUACGCCGAACUGGUAUUGGACCGAGAGCUGGACCGAGAACAACAGGCAGAAGUGACUUUCAGUGUCACGGCUGUGGAUGGUGGGUCUCCACCACUCUCUGGUACCGCCUUAAUCCGUGUAGUAGUCCUGGAUACAAAUGACAACAUCCCAGAAUUUACCCGGAGUCUGUAUAAAGCUCGGGUAUUAGAAAAUAGUUCCCAGGAUAUAUUAGUUGUGGCAGUUUCUGCUAGUGAUUUAGACGCCGGAACGAAUGGGGAAAUAUCCUAUUCCAUAGUUCAAAAUUCAGAAGAAAAUCUCCAGACCUUUAAAAUAAAUUCCGAGACGGGGCAGAUUCGACUCAAAAAGCCGGUAGAUUAUGAAGAAACAAAGUCGUACGAGAUAGACGUCCAGGCCACAGACGGAGGGGGCCUGUCCGCUCACUGCAAGGUGGAGGUGCAGGUGGAGGACGUGAACGACAACGCACCCGAGGUGAUAAUCACGUCCGUCACCAGCACACUCUCGGAAGCCGCCCCACCAAACACUGUGGUGGCCCUUUUCAACGUGCGGGAUCGGGACUCGGGAGAAAAUGGCAGGACAAGCUGCGAAACGGCAGGUGAGCAGCCCUUCAGCAUCGCUCCGCUGGCGGCCGACGCUUACGCGCUGGUGACAUCGGAGGGCUUGGACAGGGAAGAAGUGUCAGAGUACAACGUGACACUGCGGGCCCGCGACGAGGGCUCCCCCGCGCUCUCGACGUCGAAGACAUUGCUCUUACGGCUUCUGGACGUGAAUGACAACGCGCCCAUGUUCACGCAGGAGGUAUACACCAUGGUGCUGAAGGAGAACGAGCCCGCGGGGACGAUCCUGGGCCGCCUGAGAGCCACGGACGCCGAUGCGGGGAAAAACGCCCACGUGAGAUACGCAUUGGGGGCAGCCCCGCCGGGAAUCCCCGCAGAGGCAUCUUUCGUGUCCGUGGACGCUGAGAGCGGAAUCGUGCGGGCGCUGCGGGCGCUGGACUACGAGGAGGUGCGCGGCCUGGAGGUGGCGGUGCGCGCUGCCGACGGCGGCUCGCCGCCGCUGAGCGCGCAGGCGGUGCUGCGCGUGGUGGUGCGCGACGAGAACGACAACGCGCCCGUGGUGCUGCACCCGCCCCCCGGCAGCAGCGCGUUGGCGGGCGAGCUGGUGGCGCGCGGGGCGGCGGCGGGCGAGCUGGUGGCCAAGGUGGUGGCGGUGGACGCGGACGCGGGGCAGAACGCGUGGCUGUCGUACGAGCUGGCCAAGGCGACGGAGCCGGGGCUGUUCCGCGUGGGGCUGCACAGCGGCGAGGUGCGCACGGCGCGGGCCGUGGCGGAGAGGGACGCGGCCCGCCAGAGGCUCGUGGUGCUGGUGCGAGACCGCGGGCAGCCGCCGCGCUCCGCCAGCGCCACCCUGGCCAUCGCCCUGGUGGACGGCUUCUCCGACGCCUUCCUCCAGCUCAACCGCGUUCCAGUGGGGAGGCAGCAGCCUGAGGUGGCCGACGAGGACCUGCUCACCACUUAUCUCAUCGCUUCCCUGGUCUGCGUCUCCUCGCUCUUCCUCCUCUCCAUCCUCGUCUUCUCGGCAGCCAGGCUCUGCAAGAGUCGCCUCCGGCCACGCCUUUCGCCUCCCGCUGCCCACUGCUACACCGACGGCGACUACGUCCCCGGCAGCGAGGACAUAAGCGGGACGGGCACUCUGUCGCCGGCUUUCCGCUACGAAGUGGGCCUGACCACCGGCUCGGAGAGGAGCGAAUUCCAGAUCCUGAGGCCAGUCCUGGCCAUCCCGCAAGGCAGCGCUGAGGCGGGAUCGGGCCAGGACGAGGGACCGCUGUGCAGCUCGGAGCCCAGGAGCGUCGGGGCAGCUGCCCUAGGAACCCCAGCCCCUCCUGCCGUUGUGCCGCCGGACUGGCCGGUCGGCCAUCUCGUCCACGCCUGAGCCUU